UCGCAUUUCCGUGCGCAGAUCACGUGACAGCAGAAGCGGAAGUUUUGGUCGCUGAGCGAUUAGUUGGGUUUCGGGGUAUUAUGGGGUGCGACGGAGGAACCAUCCCCAAGAGGCACGAACUGGUGAAAGGGCCCAAAAAAGCGGAAAAGGUGGAUAAAAAUGCUGAGCUGGCAGCGCGCUGGAACUACUGCUCUCUGAGCCAGGAGCGGCUCACCAAGCCCAUCGUGGCCUGCGACCUGGGAAGACUUUAUAAUAAAGACGCGCUGAUUGAGUUUCUGUUGGACAAGUCGCCAGACAGACCCCACGGCUCGGCAGCUCAUAUCAAGAGCAUCAAGAAUGUGAUCGAACUGAACCUGACCGACAACCCGGCCUGGUCGGGAGACAAGAGCAACGCCAAAGGGGACGCAUACGAGGAUCGGGGGGCGCGCUUUAUCUGCCCCGUCGUGGGCUUGGAGAUGAACGGCAGACACAGGUUCUGCGUGCUGAGACGCUGCGGCUGUGUGUUUUCAGAGCGAGCCCUCAAAGAAAUCAGGACAGACAUUUGCCACAAGUGUGGAAAGAACUUUGAAGAGGACGACAUCAUUCUCCUUAAUGGCGAUAAGGAAGAGAUGGAGGAACUGAGGAGGAAGAUGGAAGAGCGAAGACUGAAGAGCAAGAUGGAGAAGAAAACAAAGAAAUCAAAAUCGGCAAAGUCUGUCCCGCAGAGUGAACAAGAACCUUCUGGAUCCAAAGAAAUUACAACUGGAGAAAAAAGUAGCUCCGGAGACCAGAUGAAUGUUGGGUCCAACUCCAAGAGAUCGGCGGACGAUGGUUCUGGUUCUCUGGAGAAGACGUCCAGGUCCUCCUCAUCCACCAGCAAGAGGUCCCUACAAGACGACAAUGGGAAGUCUGAGGCCUACAAGUCCAUUUUCUCAUCCCACAGCUCCGCCAAACGCACCAAGGACCAGGCGUGUAACUGGAUUUCACCGUCAACGUUCUACAUCUAAUGGCGGCAAGGGGCGUGGGUCACACGGCCGGAUGGGAUAGGACGCCGUCUGUUUUCUUACGUUUUCAUUACUGAUUUGCUCCGUUCUUUGUUUAUUUAAACGCACCCCAAUGUUAGGUUUUGGAUCCCCCAGAGCCCAUCUGCCCCAAGCGCCUUCGAAUACAAAAUACCCCACGGCUUUUAACCCAUUCAACAAAGCGACAAUUUAGUGACUGCCAGAACCCGAGUAAUAAUAAAACUGUUUUUUUUUUAAUCCUCCUGUUAAAAUAUUCAGUAAAAGCUGCAUUUCCUAAUAACGUGGAAACGAUUUUCGGGGUUUGACACCCGUUAUUAAAUAAAUCUAUUUCCUCUCCCAUAAAA